AUGUAUCGGAAGUUGUCUAAGUUAGAACACUCGGAAAUAAAACAACUUCUUACAGAAGCUAACAUAGAUGUUGCAAAGCAUUACGCAACAAACAAAAAAGCACUCGCUGACUUCAUUAAAGACUAUAAUGGUGCAAUAAGUUAUGAUAGAAUUCAUGAGUUCAUAAAGCCGCAACGCGGCGAGGACGAAGUCCAUGCAAGAGCAUUUCCUUUAAAUGACGUUGCUAUUGACUUAUAUCAUAGACGUUCAGUACCUCAUGAAGUUAGAAGAGAAAUGUAUGACAUAACAAAUGCAAACGUUGGUAAAACACGAAAGAGAGACGACACACUGAAACAACAGAGAAGAGAGAUGUUUAAAAGUGCUAUAGAACAAGUUCGCAAAGCUAACGAUGUCAUUCGUUCCAUUGACGACAAACCAAAAGAAGGUGAGAGAUGGUUAAAGAAAGAUGAAGAGAAUAGGAAGAGAAAUGUGAAGUCAGGCAAUAGACUCAUUGACUUUAACAUCGAAGCUUUAGAUGAACCAAACAGAGACUACUUACACAAACAUUUCGGUAAGGUUUUCAUGAGACUCUUAGAGAAAAUUAAAAUAAACUCACAACAGAGAUGGAUGGUAUGUUAUAAACUUGGUGGAAAGUAUGAAUGUUCUACGUUAAACCUCAAUAAUAUUGGAACAUUACUACAUCAGCUCUUGAAGGAGAACUUUAUAUCAGAGAUAGAAGCAAAUGCUGCAGGUAUUGUUGAAAUGCACUAUGACUUCUUCUUGACAAACAUAAAGAAUCUUACUGAAAUAAAGAUGUAUGAUUUAACAGAAUAUGAAGGCUUAACGAUGUCAGAU